CUCCUGCCCUCCCGAACUCAUCCUCACUUUAACUUUACACUUUGCCACGACAGCAGAAGACACAGCGACGAAGAUGAUUGGCGCUCACGAGCGUACGCAGCCUGGCUACAGGGACAACCUCACGCCGUGGCAGCAGGAUGCCCUCUUUGAGCUGUGGGGCCGCUUCUUCCGCCUCUGUCAGUCGCCAGCAGGCUCUGCAGAUGAAUCUACCGACUCAAAUGCUCGCCCGCAAGCGCCAAAGACGAGGUCGACGUGGGCUGCCUCGAUGCCAGCAUCCAACAGCUCGUCCAUCAGCCCAUCCACGGCACCUUCCCGAUCCGCCUCUCGCGAGCAUCUCACCAACAAUGGCCACCCUCGACUCUCCUCCUCCAACCUCGCCGCAGCAAAUGCCGCUCGAGAAGCUGCUGCUGCCGCCUCCUCCUCCUCCUCAACAGGCGUAGCUUCAUCCACGACGCCAACGCAGCACACCGUCUCCGCUUCAGGCAGCCACAUUCCCAAAGACGACCAAGCGAAAGCUCACGUUCAAGGCCAGCAUGAGGCCAAGGAGAUGCGCAAUUUUCUCCACAAGUACGGCGGGCAGCGUUUGCGCAAGGUAUUCUGGCAAAUGGUCAAGGGCGAGCACCCAGACGUAAUCAUGCUGCGCCUCCUUCGCGCCCGCAAGUGGAACGUCGAUCGGGCAGUUGCUGUGCUAGGAUCGACCGCAGCCUGGCGAGUGGAGAACGACGUCGAGGCCAUAGUCAAUGGUGGCGAGCUGGAGCUCACAAGCACACGCGGAGGCAUGAACAUCCUCCGCAACGGCAUCUCCUACAUGUACGGUGCCUCUGCCGCGGGAGAGCCAGUUUACAUCAUCGAAGUUGGGCGUCACUUUUCCGCCUCCCAGACCCAAGAUGAGCUUCGGAGGGGGGUCAUUCUCCUCCAAGAGACGUUGCAAUCCCUCAUGCCCCCACCCUGUGAGAGGAAGAUCGUGAUUUUCAACAUGAACGAGUUCGGCAUCCGCAACAUGGACUGGUGGUGCGUCUUCUUCAUGGUGAAAACAAUGGAGUGCUUCUACGUCGAGACACUUGCCCGUGUGUAUGUGCACGGAGCCCCCUGGAUCUUCAAGCCCAUCUGGUCAAUAUUGAAGCCGCUGCUCGACCCCGUGGUACGGGACAAGAUUCGACUUACGGACCAGCCAGAGGAGCUGGCCGAAUUUGUGCCGCUUGAUCGGCUGCCCAAGGAUAGCAUGAAAGGCCAGAUGCAAUGGGCUUUCGACUACCCCAUGCCCGAUCCCCACGAGAACGAUCUCCAAAAGGAUACCAAGAUGAGAGACAAGCUCCAAGAGGACUACUUCUCCAUCUGCUUCGACCUCGAGCGCGAAACACGCGCAAUCGUCCGUGCCCUUGCCAAAACCUCCUACAAGAGGCGAGGUUCCUACAAGUCCUCCAACCAAGAGUCGUCAGACGACGGCGGCUCGGUCGUAGGUGGCGCAGAGUACGAUGAGCCACCAGAGCUGGCCUCCCUCAAGGCGCGGCGCGAUGUCCUGGCAACGAAGUUGCGUGUUGCGUGGCUCAAAUUGCGCCCGUACAUGGUGGGCAAGACUAUGGUGGAUCGCUGGAAUGUACGUCAGCCGGAUGGAGUGCUCGUUUGGUCGUAUCCGAAGAUGGAUGGGAGCGUUGAGAAGCAGGUGCUGGGUGAGGCUACGAGCUUGCCGGCAUUGGAGAAGAAUUUGGCCGCCAUUGAGGAGGGUGCGGCAGCUGCAGCGAGUACGCCGCCCAUUGUGGAUGGGGCCAGUAGCAGCCUGGAUGCGCAGCUGGCCAGUCAGAUGAGGCCUACUUCCCCACCGUCUGCAAGCGUGGCAGGCAUCAUGGACGGGUCGAGCGCACCCCAUCGUGUCCAGUCGGGGAACAGUGGUGCUAGCUCCAGGCUGCGGGGCCAGAAUGGCAACAAGAAGAGCGAGAGAAGGAGCUCUGGCAACGUAGCACCUCCCGGCAUGGCUCCGAUGCCGUCACCGCCGCAGGAACACCUGGCAAAGAUGAGCUUGGCACGCGCAGAUGGUGCGAGUCCGUCCGGCUCGUCGCCCGGCGGCAGUGGCGCUCGCCCUUCUACAUCUGGGUCUUCAGGACCAGAGUCGGCCCUCUCGCACGGCACGGCUGAUACUGGCUUCCACUCGAUGUCCACUAUCCAUGCCAGCGCGGGGGUUGAAGGACAGGAUGCAGACUCCGUGGCUGUCAAUGGCAGCAAGAGGGCAUCCGCUAUGGGUGGAGCGACGAACAGCGCGGGGUCGACAGACACGCCGCCGAGUAGCGUGCUGGACGGCGGAGAAGCUGCUGCAGACCACCUGAAGAUGACAGACGAUCGACAUGAAGCGGAGGUGCCCGUCCAUCCGCUCGAGCGUAGCGUAGAUGGUUUGUGAGCGAUCGAUCCUCCCUCGGGCGCUAGGCCCGCCUCGGCCUUAUUCAGUCUUCUAUGCUACGGAACCCUUUACCCACAUUUCAGUCGUUUCCUCGUAUAUCUGUGCUACCUCUGAGUCUUCACAAACUCGCAACAAUCGUCAGACCGUUCGUUACGAU